AUUUCAAAUGUUUUGAAAGGUUCGUAUGUUUAAAUUUAGUAUUUCAGAAAAAAGUUAAAUAAAAAAAAACGAAAUGCCUAAAGUAUUGUUGAAUGAGGCCGUCACAUUAGAAAUUGGAGCUACAGAUCCAUGGCCCAAUGACGUCCAAUUAUUUCAGCCUCUAGAAGUUGAACAGAUUUUAUUACCAGAUAAUGCUAAUUGUCUUGCAGUUAAGGCUUAUCUAAAGAUGUGCAAUCUGCCAUAUAAUGUGGAGUAUCGUCAUAAUGCAGAAUUCAUGUCCCCCACAGGACAAGUUCCAUUUAUUAAGUGUGGUGCUUUUCUUGUCCCUGAACUUGAAAAUAUUGUUUCUUUUGUCAAUAAGAAAGAUAUAUCUCUGACUAAAGAUCUGGAUCAAACCACUAAGCUGGAUAUGCGGGCUUAUAUGACCCUUGUAAACAAUAUUUUGUCAUUUGCUGAGUUAUAUAUUACGUGGGUUGAUAAAAAUACUUUGCAUCAAGUGACUUACCAAAGGAAUGCUUACCCGUAUCCGUGGCCUCUAAGUACUUAUCAAAAUUAUAAGAAACGAAAUCAAGUAAUCCGAAAGUUAAAAGCUCAUGAAUGGUAUAACUACAGUAUAUCAGAUGUACUGAAUAAGGUGGAGAAAUGUUGCAGUGCUCUCAGUGAAAAGCUCGGUGAUAAUGAUUACUUCUUUGGAAACAAAUUAACGGAAAUGGACUGCAUGUUGUUUGGUCAUUUCUUCGCAAUAAUGGUUACAUCAUUGCCAAAUCCGGCUUCUAGUCUUUCUCGAAUAUUGCGCCGGCACAAGCCCCUUUUGCGUCACUGCAAUCGCGUCGAGUUUCGGUGUUUUAGUCGCGAAACGGAUUUAUUCAAUGAAGGCAUUGCCGACAUAUACACGAAUAAUCGGCUCAUGAUGAAGCAGAUUCUGACCACUCUCAGAAUUAACGAGCUUGAACGGCAGAAGCGCAUUGUAAUUAUUCAGGAAAUCAAAAAUAGCACGGCGGCCGCGAUCGCCGAUUAUUUGGAUGACGACGAACCGUUCGACGUGUCCAGUUCCAUAGAGGCGAUUUCUAUGGAGGACAUCAGGGAAUGCACAAGCUCGACGCAUUUGUUUUCUGAUGUCGAAGGAGGCUCUACUGAAAAAUUUCCGGAUAUCAAUGAUGCAACCGAAAUUCUUUGUUAA